AUGGGCAGAGGGUUCGGUGCUGAGAAUGGAGGGAAGCGGAACAAGAAGGAGAGGAACUUGGAUGAGCUCAAGAAGGAGGUGGCCUUGGAUGACCACAAAAUAGCUCUGGAUGAUUUGGGAAAACGCUAUGGAGUGGACCUCACACGGGGCCUGACCAACACCAGAGCUGUCGAGAUUCUGGCCAGGGACGGUCCAAACGCCCUGACUCCUCCCCCCACCACCCCCGAGUGGGUCAAGUUCUGCCGUCAGCUGUUCGGCGGCUUCUCCAUCCUGCUCUGGAUCGGUGCCAUCCUCUGCUUCCUGGCCUACAGCAUCCAGGUGGCCAUGGAGGACGAGCCGCCCAAUGACAACUUGUAUCUCGGUGUGGUACUGGCAGCCGUGGUGAUCAUCACCGGUUGUUUCUCCUACUUCCAAGAGGCCAAGAGCUCCCGAAUCAUGGACUCCUUCAAGAAAAUGGUGCCUCAGCAAGCGAUGGUGAUCCGGGAGGGGGAGAAGAUGCAGAUCAAUGCUGAGCUUGUGGUGCAGGGAGAUCUGGUGGAGAUCAAAGGGGGAGACCGCAUCCCAGCUGACCUUCGAGUGGUCUCCUCCAGCGGAUGCAAGGUGGACAACUCCUCUCUGACGGGAGAAUCAGAGCCCCAGACUCGCUCCCCGGAGUUCACACACGACAACCCCCUAGAGACCCGCAACAUCUGUUUCUUUUCCACCAACUGUGUCGAGGGUACGGCCCACGGCAUCGUGAUAGCCACCGGUGAUCGAACGGUGAUGGGGCGCAUCGCCACCCUGGCCUCUGAGCUGGAGGUCCGCCAGACGCCCAUCAACAUCGAGAUCGAACACUUCAUCCACAUCAUCACAGGCGUGGCAGUCUUCCUGGGCGUGAGCUUUUUCAUCCUGUCACUCAUCCUGGGCUACACCUGGCUCGAGGCUGUCAUCUUCCUCAUCGGCAUCAUCGUGGCAAACGUACCUGAGGGACUGCUGGCUACCGUCACUGUGUGUCUGACUCUCACUGCCAAGCGAAUGGCUAAGAAGAAUUGUCUGGUGAAGAACCUGGAGGCCGUAGAGACUCUCGGCUCCACCUCCACCAUCUGCUCUGACAAGACGGGCACGCUGACCCAGAACCGCAUGACCGUGGCCCACAUGUGGUUCGACAACCAGAUCCACGAGGCGGACACCACUGAGGACCAGAGUGGUUCAGGCUUUGACAAGACCUCUGCUACUUGGGCGGCUCUGUCUCGUGUGGCCGGCCUGUGCAACAGAGCUGAUUUCAAAGCCGGACAGGAGCAGUUUCCUGUCCAGAUGAGGGACACAGCGGGGGACGCGUCAGAGUCAGCUCUCUUGAAAUGCAUCGAGGUGUGCUGCGGGAACGUUCGUGACAUGAGAGGCAGGAACCCCAAAGUGGCAGAGAUCCCCUUUAACUCCACCAACAAGUACCAGCUCUCUAUCCAUGAAGUGGAGGACAAUCCCUCUGGUCAUAUUCUGGUCAUGAAGGGAGCGCCAGAGAGAAUCUUGGACAGGUGCAGCACCAUUAUGAUCCACGGCCAGGAGCAUCCACUUGAUGAAAACUGGAGAGAUGCUUUCCAGAAUGCCUACAUGGAGCUGGGAGGACUGGGAGAGAGAGUGCUUGGCUUCUGCCACGUGAAUCUGUCUUCAUCCCAGUUCCCUCGAGGUUUCACCUUCGACAGCGACGACAUGAACUUUCCCACCGAGCAGCUCUGCUUCCUGGGUCUCAUCUCCAUGAUUGAUCCGCCCCGUGCCGCUGUGCCCGACGCAGUGGGCAAAUGCCGCUCUGCUGGUAUCAAGGUGAUCAUGGUAACCGGGGAUCACCCAAUCACAGCCAAGGCCAUCGCUAAAGGUGUGGGCAUCAUCUCUGAGGGCAACGAGACUGUGGAAGACAUCGCUGAGAGGCUGAACAUCCCUCUAAGCCAAGUUAACCCCAGGGAUGCCAAGGCGUGCGUGGUGCAUGGCUCAGACCUAAAGGACAUGAGCUCUGAGUACCUGGACGACCUGCUGAGGAACCACACUGAGAUAGUGUUUGCUCGCACCUCUCCUCAGCAGAAGCUCAUCAUUGUGGAGGGCUGCCAGAGACAGGGGGCGAUCGUGGCUGUGACGGGCGACGGUGUGAACGAUUCUCCAGCCUUGAAGAAAGCCGACAUCGGCGUUGCCAUGGGGAUCGCCGGCUCUGAUGUGUCCAAGCAGGCAGCUGACAUGAUCCUGCUGGACGACAACUUUGCCUCCAUCGUCACCGGAGUGGAGGAGGGUCGUCUCAUCUUUGACAACUUGAAGAAGUCCAUUGCAUACACACUGACCAGUAACAUCCCAGAGAUCUCGCCCUUCCUCCUCUUCAUCAUUGCUAGUGUUCCUCUCCCUCUGGGAACAGUGACCAUCCUCUGCAUCGACCUCGGCACUGACAUGGUUCCAGCUAUCUCAUUGGCUUACGAGACAGCGGAGAGCGACAUCAUGAAACGCCAGCCAAGGAACCCCAAGACAGACAAGCUGGUCAAUGAGCGUCUCAUCAGCAUGGCCUAUGGACAAAUAGGUAUGAUCCAGGCUCUGGGAGGUUUUUUCACCUACUUUGUGAUUCUGGCUGAAAACGGAUUCCUCCCAAAAACCUUGGUGGGCAUUCGCGUCAACUGGGACAACAAUGGAGUCAAUGACCUGGAGGACACCUAUGGCCAGCAGUGGACCUACGAGCAGAGGAAGAUCGUUGAAUUCACCUGCCACACCGCCUUCUUCGCCAGCAUCGUGGUUGUCCAGUGGGCUGAUCUUAUCAUCUGCAAGACCAGGAGGAACUCCUUGUUUCAGCAGGGCAUGAAGAACCGGAUCCUGAUCUUCGGCCUGUUUGUUGAGACCGCUCUGGCUGCCUUCCUCUCCUACUGCCCGGGAAUGGACAUUGCCUUGCGCAUGUACCCCCUGAAGAUCCUGUGGUGGUUCUGCGCCUUCCCAUACAGUCUUCUCAUCUUCAUUUAUGAUGAGGUCCGUAAAUUCAUUCUGAGGAGGGCCCCUGGAGGUUGGGUGGAGCAGGAGACAUAUUAUUAA